CAAGUUUUGAGGUUAUACCGUUUCAAUCCAAGAUUUGUUGCUGAAGAAAAGUUAAACAAUAUAUUCCAUAUUUCUAUUUAAUUUUGUAGAGUACUUUGAUUACCAAAUCAAUUAUGCUUACAUUACAUAGCAUGACACAGUCAGGGAUUCCCGACAAAAUGUGGCAACCACCUUUUGUACAGUUCGAGACUACCAUGGGCGAAUUCAUAGUGGAAUUGUAUUGGAAACACGCUCCAAACACCUGCAGAAACUUCGCCGAACUAGCCCGGAGAGGCUACUACAACAACGUGAUCUUCCACAGGAUAAUACCAGAUUUUAUGAUACAAGGCGGAGACCCAACUGGUACUGGCAAAGGAGGCACUUCUAUAUACGGGCAAACAUUCAAAGAUGAAAUACAUCCUGAGUUGAAACACAGCGGGGCCGGUAUUCUUUCCAUGGCUAAUUCUGGGCCAGAUACCAAUGGAUCACAGUUUUUUAUCACUUUGGCACCUACACAGUGGUUGGACGGUAAACAUGCGAUAUUUGGGAGGAUUUAUAUGGGGAUGAAUAUCAUUAAUAGGAUAGGAUUAGUGGCUACUGAUAGAAAUGAUCGACCAAUUGAGGACAUCAAAAUUAUGAGGGGCAAAAUCAUUAAAAAUUAAGUCAACAUAAUGAACUGAUUUGAACAAAGAGUGAAAAAUUUGUGAAUGUUUAUGGGUAUGUUGUAAAUUAGACUAAUUUUGUAUAUUUUUAAAUUGUAAUUUAAAAUAAAAA